UGCCAUAGGUCAUAUUUUGCUAUAAAUUCGGUUGCCGAGACUCUCCCUAGGUUUGCAGAACCAACCUCCCUCCGGGGCCUCUUAUAGAGAGAGAGACAAUCAAAAACCUCCUUCUUCCUUCCUCCCUCCCUCCUCCAGAGACUUUGUUGUCUCUCUCUUUUGACUUUGAGUCCUCUUUAGAAGAGCAAUGGUGACCACGUCCUCAUCUCGUACCAAGUCAAACAACUCUCUCCUUCGUUCCCAAUCACCCUCCGGUCAAUUCUGCGGCGCUUACUCCAGAACCGUCCCGUCGUCCUCUUCCUCCUCCGCAGCCUUCGCUUCCUCCACGAGCUCUACCUUCUCCUCCCCGUCCUCAUCCUUCUUCAGCAACCACCACCACCGAUCCUCCUCUCCCCCUCGCGUGAAUCUCUACACUCCUCCCCACCACCCUAUGUUUCGCUAUUCUCUCGACAGCAGAUCCAACUCUCCUCCCAACCGAUCCAUCUCCGUCUCCAAGAAACCUCAGCCUAAGGUCUCCGAGAAGACGACGGCGACGGCGACGAGGAGGAGGUGUAUGUGUUCUCCGACGACGCAUCCCGGAUCUUUCCGGUGUAGUCUCCACAAGAACGUUGCGAAUCCGCACGGGCAAGGUACGGCGUCGUAUACGGCUAACAGUUUGAAUAUGCGGCGAUCGGCGAUGACGAACUCGCUUGUGAGAAUCGGUGGGGUUGAAGGAGAGUGGGUGAGAAGAUCGUUGACAACUCUGAUAAGGCCUUCUUCGCAUCAUCUGAAAAGACGAGCUGCGUUUCAGCCUCGUCCUAGUAGGCUUUCGGUUAUGUCUAAAGCCGAGUGUGAUUGAUCUGAUCUGAUCUGGUUUUAGAUUUCAGGUUUGCUCUUCUCUUUAUUAAAAAAAAACACAGAAGGAAUCACUAUGGCGACAGAUCUGGUCAGAAAGAAGUUGAAUUAGCUGGUAAUGAAAGAUCUACGGCGAUUGUGGGAGGAGAAAUCUCAACCCUUGAGAUCGGAGUUUUGUAAAACGAACACACCAUCAUAUGUUUUUUUUUUGUUGUUGGGUGAAGAAAGAUGCGGAAGUGCAUUGUGUACAUAUACUUUAUUUUUACUCUCUGUUUUCAUGUGUUCUCUGUUUCUCUCAAAAAGUAUUGUCAGAUUACAUCUAAAAUUAAAAAAAAAAUCAGAAUAAUAUUAGAUCUGAAUCAAA